CCGCUCCUCCUCCUCCUCCUGAGGGCCCGGUGGCGGCGGCCAUGGCGGCGGCGGGGGUGGUGGCGGCGGCGGGCUCGGCCCAGCAGCUCGGGCAGCUCCUGCGGCAGCCCGGCGGGUCCCUUGUAGUUGUCCACUUCUGGGCGCCGUGGGCUCCUCAGUGUGCUCAGAUGAACGAGGUCAUGGCGACGCUCGCCAAGGAGCACACGCAGGUCACCUUCGUGACGCUGGAAGCUGAAGCUGUGCCUGAAGUGUCUGAAAAAUAUGAAAUUAGUUCUGUUCCAACGUUCUUAUUCUUUAAGAAUUCUCAGAAAGUUGACAGAUUAGAUGGUGCACACGCCCCCGAGCUGACCAAGAAAGUCCAGCGCCACGCAUCCAGCAGUUCUGUGUCUGCUGGCUCCAACGACAGCGCAAAAGAAGAUCUGACUGUGCGUCUAAAGAAACUCAUCAAUGCUGCCCCUUGCAUGCUGUUCAUGAAAGGCUCUCCGAAAGAGCCUCGGUGUGGUUUCAGCAAACAAAUGGUGGAGAUACUGAACAAACAUGGUAUUUCAUUUAGCAGUUUUGAUAUUUUUUCUGAUGAAGAAGUUCGUCAGGGGCUGAAAACAUAUUCUAAUUGGCCGACUUAUCCACAGUUGUAUGUAGCUGGAGAGCUUAUAGGUGGACUUGAUAUUAUCAAGGAACUUGAGGCUUCUGGAGAACUGGAUACAAUCUGUCCAAAGGCACAGAAGUUAGAGGACAGGCUUAAAGCCUUGAUAAACAAGGCUCCUGUGAUGCUUUUUAUGAAGGGAAACAAACAGACUGCAAAAUGUGGAUUCAGCAAGCAAAUUAUAGAAAUCAUAAAUAAUACCGGUGUUGAUUAUGAGACAUUCGACAUACUGGAGGAUGAAGAGGUGCGGCAAGGAUUAAAAACCUAUUCAAACUGGCCAACGUAUCCUCAGUUAUAUGUGAAAGGUGAACUUGUUGGAGGCUUGGAUAUUGUUAAGGAGCUAAAAGAAAGUGGUGAACUGUUGCCUAUUCUGAAGGGAGAAAAUUAAUGUCAACGGACGGCAGUGGGAACUGAAGUACUCUGAACAAUUACUCAUUUAUAGAUUAUAUUGGAGCAAUACAUGACUUAACCCUGUGGAACCGAUCAGAAGUAAAGAAAGGCUUCUUACGUACUCUGUAUUUCACAAGACCAUGUUACGUGUGAACACAUGUAUUUCCACUGAAGAUAAAGUCAAGUUCUUCAAUUAAAAUACAAUGCUGAAGAAGUUUGGGGUUCUUAUUUAUAUUUCUAUGUAUUCAUUGCAUCCAGCUGUUUGAGAAUCAAGUAAUGUGUUGUGCUCUGUAUAGGACUAAAUUGCAUCUUUCUGGGGCCCGGCUAUCAUUAGGAGAAUAUUAAUGGAAUACCUCCAUGGUAUGGAGCGUAAUAACUUUCUGUCCCUGCUAAUAUUUAUUUUAAUGUCUCGUGAGUGAGAAAGUGCUGUUGAAACCUUAAUCCAGUGCACCAUUAGGAAGUUGUUAAUGAGUUUCAGCUGUAUACUGUGCAUCUUCAGUAUCGAAGCAGGUACAGUAAUUGUUAAUUUCAGGUAUUAGACCAAUUUUAAAGUAGCUCUUUGGACAUGUUCAAAUUUUAGUGGAAAUGAGCCAAUAAAUGCAAUGCUUAGGCCAGUC